GGGUUCGUCAGUCUGUGCGGUGUGUAGGCGCUUUGUUAUUCGUAGUUCGUACUUUCGUAGUGCUGAGGCGCUGACCGACUGGUGAAAUUGCAAAUGGCCGUUCAGUGGUCGGGAAAUAGCUGAUAACGAGCGUACUUUUUUUUUUAAAUUACACUUUUCUUUAAAAAGAUUUGUUAGUUUCCUGUUAUGAAGUAUUUGAGGCUCGAAGAAGGGAAAUCAACGAGGAUGGAGAGCAGCCUUUUACACGUAGCUCGCCUCGAUCCGAUUUUCCUAUGACUGGUCAGGUUAACGGUUGAUAAAUUUGAUAUAUGUAGUUUAUUUAAUAAAUUCUCGAUCCCGUUUAUCGUGAGAGUUUCGACUGCGACAUGUUCCUCAUUGGCUUUUUCGUCACAGAGAGUUUUUAAACAUCACGAAAAGAAUGUUAGAACAAACAAACUCGUCAUCCUUGUAUUACCAGCUAAGCUUGACGAUCGAAUGUGCCCAUUUGAGAGUUGGAACGAGCUUUUUGAAGCCGAAUCCCUACGUGGAAAUUUCUGUCGACGAUAAAACACCGAGGAAGACCGAAAUUGUCAAAUGUACAUACCAACCUAAGUGGAACGAACAGUUCACUCUGUUAGUAACACCUUACUCGAACAUCCAAUUUAGGCUACUUAACCAUAGCACAUUCCGUAAAGAUGUCACCCUUGGGGAAAAGAAGUUAAGCCUUUUUGAUGUUUUAACACAUUAUAAUGGCAAAUGUGAGCACAUUGAACUUACAAUGGACCUCAUGUAUGAAAAACAUGAGACCAGGUGCAAAGUUGGAGAACUCAUAGCACUACUUCAUGGUAUGAAAGUUGACAUGACAAAUAUAAAUCCCCCCCAGGACGGUACUCCAAAUUCUACUUCAUCAGAUGGAGUCCGAAGUGGAUCCGGGGGAAAUGGGGAGUCCAGGGCGGUUAUAAAUGGUGGUAUUCGGGCUAGAAACAGACCACCAGAAAUUACAACAGGAGCAAAUAUUUUAAGCCCACAUACUUCUAGUUCACAUUCUAAUUCACCUGCAAGUCCUAGCAGUGGCCACAUUGGUCCUUCUGGAAGUUUGACUUCUGCAACAAAUGGAGCCAUUUUAAAUAGUCCUGCAGCUGUGAAUGGUAACGGGAGCACUGAAAUUUCAAGACAAGGAGCAUCAAACAUUACUCCAGAAGAGCCACUGCCUGCGGGUUGGGAAAUGAGGUACGAUUUGUAUGGACGACGGUACUAUGUUGAUCAUAAUUCAAGAUCAACAUCAUGGGAGAGGCCCCAAGCACUACCAAAAGGUUGGGAAAUGAGGAGGGACCCAAGAGGGAGAAUCUAUUAUGUGGACCACAACACAAGAACUACUACAUGGCAAAGGCCUAAUUCUGAAAGACUACAACACUUUCAGCAUUGGCAAGGCGAGAGACAGCAUGUAGUGCGAGAAGGGAAUCAACGGUUCCUAUAUCCAUUACAAGGUGGGGGUACUGUCAGUGCAGGAGGAACUCCAACGACAGAGGAAGAACAAAGCCUUGGGCCACUGCCUUCAGGCUGGGAAAAGAGAGUGCAACCUGAUGGUAGGGUUUAUUUUGUCAAUCACAAAAAUAGAACAACCCAAUGGGAAGAUCCACGAACUCAAGGGCAAGAAGUUGGUUGCGAUGAACCACCUCUACCACCUGGAUGGGAAAUUCGCCUUACGGAAGAUGGUGUUAGAUAUUUCGUUGAUCAUAAUACCAGGACUACUACAUUCCAAGAUCCCCGCCCUGGUGCACCCAAAGGGAAAUCCUUAGCUACAGGAGAGCAAGGCGAUUCUUUACCUAAAGGAGUUUAUGGUGUCCCUCGGGCUUAUGAAAGAUCAUUUAGGUGGAAACUGUCUCAGUUCCGUUACCUCUGCCAAAGCAAUGUACUUCCAAGUCACAUUAAAAUAACAGUAACCAGACAAACACUUUUUGAAGACUCAUAUCAUCAGGUUAUGAGGCUACCAGCAUACGAAUUGAGGAGAAGGCUAUAUAUAAUAUUCCGAGGCGAGGAAGGAUUGGAUUAUGGUGGUGUUUCAAGGGAAUGGUUUUUCUUAUUAUCCCAUGAAGUACUGAAUCCUAUGUAUUGUCUAUUCGAAUAUGCCAAUAAAAAUAAUUAUAGUUUACAAAUCAACCCAGCAUCUUACGUGAACCCAGAUCAUCUUCUUUACUUCAAAUUUAUAGGAAGGUUUAUAGCUAUGGCCCUUUAUCAUGGAAGGUUUAUAUAUUCAGGUUUUACAAUGCCAUUUUACAAGCGGAUGCUAAAUAAAAAGUUGACAAUGAAGGAUAUUGAGUCAAUUGACCCUGAGUUUUAUAACUCUCUUGUCUGGAUAAGAGAAAACAAUAUUGACGACUGCGGGCUUGAAAUGUUCUUCAGUGUUGAUUUUGAGAUUCUGGGGCAAGUGAUUCAUCAUGAGUUGAAGGAGGCAGGUGACAAGAUAAGAGUGGAUGAGACAAACAAGGAAGAAUAUUUGAGGCUGAUGACUGAGUGGAGAAUGACACGUGGUAUAGAAGAUCAGACAAAAGCUUUCCUUGAUGGCUUUAAUGAAGUCGUUCCUCUUGAAUGGCUAAAGUAUUUUGACGAACGUGAAUUGGAACUUAUGCUCUGUGGUAUGCAAGAGGUGGAUGUUGAAGAUUGGCAGAGAAACACAAUCUACCGGCAUUAUACUAGAAACAGUAAACAAGUCCUUUGGUUUUGGCAGUUUGUCAGGCAGACAGAUAGUGAGAAGAGAGCAAGAUUGCUUCAGUUUGUUACCGGGACAUGUCGAGUUCCAGUUGGUGGUUUUGCUGAGCUCAUGGGAUCAAAUGGUCCCCAGAGGUUCUGCAUUGAAAAAGUCGGUAAAGAGACUUGGCUUCCCAGAUCGCAUACUUGUUUCAACCGGCUUGAUCUUCCUCCUUACAAAUCUUACGAUCAACUUGUUGAAAAACUGAACUACGCCAUUGAAGAGACAGAAGGGUUUGGCCAGGAAUAACGUUCCCUUACUACUAAACUAGGUUUUGUAAAUAAAAUUAAAAAGAACACGGUUCAUCAGUUUGUACAUAAACAUCAUUAUUGGAAGCAAAUGAAUUAUUAAAGGGAAAAAAUGUUUAUUAUGUUCAAAAGUUCAAUAUUUUUAUUUCAUGGUUAAAUGUUAAUUAUCAUCUAGAACAGGAGCUGGAAGUAAGUAAAGGGACAGUUAUUACAGUUUAUGUAAUGUGAAACCUAACACACUACUGAGAGAUUAGUGUAUAUUUCUGUGUAUAGCAUGUAAUUAAUUUGAUGAAAAAUAUUUGUUCACAUGAAAACUAUAUAUAAUUACUUUAUAAAAGGUAAAAAGAUAUUAUUCACAUAUACAAUUUGUCUAUAAUGUAAAAAUAAAACUUCAUUGUAUAUUUUGAAAAUAGUAGUUAGUCCAACCAAAGUUUGGUGAAUCUUAAAUGUAUAGUUAGUUAUUAAAUAAAUAUUUUUGGUUUACGUUAAG